CACUGAAGUCUUUCGUCGAUUCGUAUCCACUCUCGAUUCGCGAGAUGCCCCGCCAGUGUAAUCGACAGCUACAUCCUACUCGAUAGCUACCUGAUUGACAAAGCAGAGCGUGCUAUUUUGUAUAAUAUAGUCGAGUACCUUUCCGGGCAUUAUUUCGGACCCACUGCGACGCUUACGUUGGCGCCAAGACAGCAAUUAACGAAGCCGCAAGACCUUUGGUAAACUCUGUAGAUUAUGGACGGCAUAGCUGGAAAUUUGCCAAAGGUGCGUACAUAUAAGAUGGUGUGGUACACAUCUUGAAUUGACCAGAGGCGUUCAUCCGCGUCAACCAAGACCACCAUGCAAUUCCCAAAACGCAGCCUUUCGGGCGUACUUUCGAUCUCCUUCCUCACCACACUCAUAGCUAGUGUAUCUGCCCAAGAUGCAACGGUCUUGAGAACAUGUCUGACCCAGAAACGUCUGCAAGUGAUCGUUGCAGCAGACACCAAUUGGGAAACCGCAACAUCACCAUGGUCGCUACGAUACAAUCCUGAGCCGGCAGCGGUUAUAACACCAGUCACAAAGGAAGAUAUCGCUGCAGCGCUGGCAUGUGCAGUUGAGGCCGAGGUCAAGGUUUCAGCCCUCAAUGGCGGACACUCUUAUGGCGCCUACGGCUUGGGCGGCACCCACGACGGUGCUCUCGUCAUCAACAUGGUGAAUUUCGACGAUGUGACAUUCAACGAAUCCAACCAGCUCUUGACGUAUGGAGGUGGAAGCCGUGUUGGACCAGUAGCUACAUGGCUGUGGGAGAAUCAUGGGCUUCACUUCCCGCACGUGAGAGCUAAUUGGAUUGGUUUGGCCGGUUCUUCAAUCGGUGGUGGGUUCGGAACUACAACUCGUUUCCUCGGCACGCCAAUGGAUUUCCUCGACAGCGUCGAGUAUAUGUUGUACAACGGCACUGUUGUCAAAGCUUCACGACAAGAGAAUGCAGAUCUCUUCUGGGUAGCUCAAGGAGCUGGUUCAUCAUAUGGUAUUUUACUCUCCCUAACCACGAGGACCUGGAAGCCCGAGCACGAGAGAGUGACCAACUUCACCCUUUCCUUGCCAGCCGAUACCACUAUCGAGACCGGUGUCGAAGCUCUCCUGGCAAUUCAAGACUACGCGCAAACCGACGCCCCUGAUACAUUCGCCAUCAGAUGGCAACUCGCCACGCCUUGGUCCGGAAGUGGAUAUUUUUACGGCAACCCUGAUGACUUCAGCAGCGUCAUUGCUCCCCUUCUCGAGCGCUUGCCAAACACCACCACCCUGGUGACUUCGACCGAGGACUUCUGGACUAUGGAAAACAUUGCCACACCUUCCCUCAACGGAACAUCCGACACCUUCCCACCACGAAGCAUGUACCUUCAGGCUCUCGUCCUACGAGCCGACCAGCCGUUUACAUAUGAAUCUGCAUAUGCUUUGUACGAGCACACGACUUUCGCAUUCAACCGCACCGACAUGACCAAGUUCGGAUUUCUUGACCUCUGGGGCGGCAAGCCCGCACGAGAGAUUCGCGACACGGAUACUUCUCACGCACACGCCAACAACCUCUGGCUCGUACGCUGGGAAGGUCGAUUGGCAAACGGUCUGAGCCAGUGGCCUGCUGACGGCAUCAAGUACAUGCAGGAUGGAUUUAAGCCGUUCGAGGACCAGUUACGGAAGGAGGGCAUCCCGCUGAGAGGUUUCGUCAAUUAUCGCGACACUGAAUUGACAGAGAAGCAGUGGAGCGAGAGGUUGUACGGAGCGAACUACGAGAGGAUGAAGCAGAUCAAGACGGACGUUGAUCCAAGGGGCAUUUUCACGACCAACGAUCAGAGCAUUCCGUCAUCGUGAUUGAAAGCCUGGUAAGUCGGUUGAGGCGCUUUGGCGUCGACAGUGAUAGACUUCGAUUUGUUGAUAUUUUAUUUUCUUCUUCCAUCACGGAAAUCUUCAACACAAUGCAUUGUACUUUU